AAACGUGCAUCGGUGCUGAAUGCUGGAUGUCGUGACCGUGGCGCAAGGCGGGUGCACGCUAGCGCGAAACGAGGACGGGAACGCACAGAGAGAAAGCAUCCUCGACCUCACUUCGUACGUCUCCGCUCAGCCCGGCGACGGCGUGUCCUGAUCUCCGAAUUGAAUCCGCCGCACAGGAGUUCUGUGGGCGCUGCGAUAGCUAUCUGAACCGAUGCUGGCCAGACUCGGAACAAGACGAGACAAGGCCGAGUCUAACCUCUCCAGACCACGCAUAGAGAUAGCCCAGUGCGGUGCCGGUGCCCGCUUCGGCGACGCUCGACUAUCGCUGUUCAUUCAAUGGACAGCCUGGUGCGGGCACCCCAGAUCCACAGCCACUACACCAGCGUGUGUGUACUUCGUUCCACAGGAUCUUCCAUGCGGGGAAGCCUUUGAGAUCGCGUGGACGAGUCGGCGCUUAGGAUGACGACGCGUCUGCGCGACAGGAUGUCCCCCAGAUGCGCUGGGCUCAUGAUGAGAAAGCAUAGGCGCUCGUCGUGUUGGCUGACUACUGUGCGCGCGGAUGCGCUGGGGCUAAAUCUUCUAUCCUACCACACCCGAAAGGCCCGCGUAGGGAAGCGCCAUGAUGUCAGAGGAGGAUAUGGCAGGGGGCGGAACACUUGAAACAAGGUUCCCUGCAUCUUGAAAGAAGUUGCAUCGCAGCUGGUGCACCACGCACAUGAAUGUGUGUCGCCAGAUCAGGCGCCGAUGGAGCCAAGCCGUGCGUGCGUCCUGCUGCACUUUCUAGGCUUGACUUUUUUGCGUCAAUUCGUUGAGGGUGGCGAGAGAUCUUC